AUGGCUGAUGGGACUAGACUCAAGGAACUACAUGAGUUUCAAAAGAAAACUGAACUUAUGCUAAUGGAUGAAAAGGCAAGAAGACAAGCCAGUGAGGAACAAAUUCACUCUCGUUUAGACCAAAUGAGUGAGACUCAAGACGGGCUUCAAGCUGCUGUCAUGAACAUAGAACAUGCUAUGUCUACAGUUCAAAAACAGCUCCACAGUGUGGUGGAGCAGUUGCAGCAUUACAACAGGAACAAAUCCAUAUUGGGAGAGGGGCUCACUGCAAACUUAGAAAGGGGGCCAUCCUCAAAAGUAACAGCACAACAGUCCACUGCAGCAGAAGAACCAACGUCCAACAACUCUGCAAGUUACAACGCCAUUCAUAGAAUGGAAUUUCCUCUUUUCAAUGGAGAGGAAGCAAGAAUCUGGAUUAGAAGGUGCCUGAGAUAUUUCCAAAGGAUUCCCAUUCCUGAGGAUCAAAAGGAAACUACAGUUAAUGCUUAUUUGGAAAAGUUUGAAGAAGUGGAGGCUCAUAUGCUUAUCUUCAACAAGAGCUUACAUGAAACUUUCUUUAUGAUGAAGUUUAUAAGUGGACUGAAGGAGGAGAUAAAAGGAUAUGUUGCCACUAUGAAGCCUACUACCUUGAAUCAGGCUAUAGUGUUGGCUAGGAAACCAGAAAAUAUGGGCAAGGAUGACAACCCUCAAGCAAGGAGGUACCUUACUGAAGUUGAAGUGAAGCUUAGGAAGGAGAGAAACCUUUUCUACAAGUGUGAUGAACCCUAUACACCUGGACAUAGGUGUAAAAUCAGGCACGUUUCCAUGUUGAUGAGUGAGGAGGAAGCCAAAGCCUAUGAAGAAGGGGAAGGGCAUCUGGAAGAACCUGCAAAGGAAGAAGAGGGAGAUGUUACAGUCUCAUUUCAUGCUUUGAAUGGAGGCAUCAACAGCAAUACUCUGAGAGUUAAUAGAAGGGUGAAUGGCAAGGAAAUCCACAUUCUCAUUGAUAGUGGUAGCACCCACUGUCUUGUAGAUGAAAAGGUGGCUCAAGUAAUAGAGUGCAAACUUGAACCUACCACUCCUACGAAGGUGAGGGUUGCAGAUGGAGGGAAAAUACUAAGCAAAUUUUUCUGUCCAACCUUUUGCUGGGAAGUGCAAGGCCAUGAAUUCUCACACCCUGCAGGAGUUUUAAAGUUAGGAGGCUAUGACUGUAUCUUAGGAUGUGACUGGCUUAGUGCCCAUAACCAUGUGGAAUUGGAUUUCCAUCUCUUGCAGGUCACUAUCACUCAAGCUGGGAAGAAGAUAACACUGAAGGCUUUGACAGAGGAAGCUAAUCUAAAGACACUUUCAGUCUAUUCCUUGAACAGGCUACUGAGAAAAGGUAAUUGUGGUGAAAAAGGGGAACUCUAUACAACAAAAAAGAGUACAUCACACAAUGAAAAGGACCCCAGACUACUUGAACUACUUCAUCAGUUCAAGGAUGUACUUCAGGAGCCUAGUACCUUACCACCUGAGAGGGCUAUUGAGCACAACAUUGAGCUUUUCACUGAGGCCAUUCCCAAGAAGCAACAUCCUUAUAGAUAUGCAUAUGGGCAGAAAACUGAAAUUGAAAACAUGGUGAAGGAGAUGCUGAAGAGUGGGAUUAUUAGAGCUAGCCAAAGCUCUUUUGCCUCACCUGUUCUACUAGUCAAGAAGAAGGAUGGUGGUUGGAGGAUGUGUGUUGAUUACAGGUAUCUAAACAAACUCAUUAUUAAACACAAUUUCACUAGACCUGUUAUUGAUGAGUUAUUGGAUGAAUUACAUGGGGCCAGAUAUUUCUCAAAAAAUAAACCUGAGGUAGAUUAUCUGGGGCAUGUGAUCUCUGUGAAGGGUGUAUCAACAAAUCCUCAAAAGGUGGAAUGCAUGAGAAGCUGGCCAGUACUUACCUCUGUAAAAGCCCUCAGAGGAUUCCCAGGACUCACAGGCUAUUACAGAAAACUCAUAAAAGGCUAUGGCAUCAUCAGCAAGCAUUUUACUUCUUUGCUUAAGAAGGAUGCCUUCACUUGGAAUUCUGAAGCAGAAAUGGCCUUUAACAGAAAGUAA